CAAGUUUGCUCCACAAUGUCAUCCUACUUGUUGUCUGUGUGCUCUACUCAUGUCUUUGUCUCCAUAGCCUGGGACUGUCAGGAGGUAGAAAACAUCAAGAAUCUGAUGCAGAUCGAUGCAGGACUGGGACAAGUGGUUGCUACGGACACAAGUCAAAUCCCCUACUACCUGGUAGGUGAUAAAUGGAUCCGCCUGUCUGGUUCCCUGAAGCAUAUCACUGUAGGACCAGCAGGGAUCUGGGGUGUCAACAAAGCAGACUUAAUCUACAAGUAUGUGGCCGGUAACUGGGUGCAAGCUGCAGGCCUUCUGAAACAGUUGGAUGCUGGAGGUGAACAGUUUAUUGUGGGGGCCAACAUGGAUGAUACUCCAUUCUGUCUGACACGUAGUGCCACAGUUGGCUACAAGGGUUCAGGCUCACCUCUUCCAUGGACAGGAUUGCCAGGAGCUGUGAAGUACUACAGCUGUGGACCCUUUGGGUGCUGGGCAGUCAACAAGAAUGAUGAUAUCUACUUAAUGAGUCUGAAUCAAGACUGUCAAAACAACGGGUGGAGUCACAUAGACGGCAAGCUUUCCAUGAUUGAGGUGGCAACUGAUGGUGGUGUCUUUGGGGUCAACUCUGCAGGCCAAGUUUAUACCAGAGACGGCAUCACAGCCAGUAAACCAGAGGGCACUGGAUGGAGCUAUAUCCCAAUGUGCAUGCGCACGGGCCACGUGACCUAUGACCUGGGCCGUCUUUGGGUCGUCUCCAAGUCUGGAGUCACCAUGGUGUGAACACCUUAGUCUCUCCUCUGCAUCUGAUGGCCGUUCGGGAUCUGUCUAAAGUUCACUUGCUAACUCAUUGAUCUCUCUUUCUGGAACAGCCUUCUGCUUUAUACAUUUCAACAUUAGUUAAUAAAAAUCCUUAAUUUUAAAACCUAUUGCUCUACCUAUUAUUUUCAGUUCUUCAAUGAUCUUAUUGACAUUUUAAAAAAAUAGAUUUUAUAUUUUCUUGAUCACUCUUUGAUUAACACUUCAAUAGGUCUUUGCCAUGGCUGCUAUUUAAUUGUAGUGUAAAACUUGGGCACGGUCAUGUUGCUCACAAUCUACAUGGGUUUUGUUGUGUUUCAGAGGUCAUCAAUAGGGUUGGAUGGAA